UAGGAAAUGCUUCACCAUUUGAAAUAAAGAAUUUUGUUUUUUUAUUUGCUCUUGUAAGUAUUGAUUUUUGAUAAACAUGUUUCCCGUGCAGUGCUGCUCUUUAAGACCAGAUGGUUCCAAGGAAGCUGAACGUCUCUAUAGGAGACUACAAGCCGAACCAAAUAGACAUUCCUUGCUCAAAGCGCAUCUGACUAGAGAGAGACUGGACAGCCACAAAAAAAUCAAAACUAAAUUUGGCGGUACCUUGGCUCACUGCAUCCGUUCAGGUUGCUUAAACACAGACAGUCCAGUUGGUAUAUAUGCCAGUGACCCAGACGCCUAUAAAACGUUUUGUGACUUGUUUCUACCAAUUAUCAAAGAUUAUCAUGAGGUUAAUGAGGUGAAUCACUCGUCUAAAGACUUUGGCGCGAAAUCGAUCAUACAAGAGAUUUUUGAGCUGGACAAUGAUCGUAUUGAGUCCACGAGGGUCAGCGUCGCCAGAAGUCUUGAGGGACUUCCGUUUCCGCCACUGCUGACUCUAGAGAAAAGGGAAAAGCUAGAGAACAUGUCUAAGGCUGCUCUCAGGGAACUUAGAGGUGAACUAAUGGGCGCCUAUUUUUCAUUGGCUACCCUGACUCCUGUUAUGACAAAGAGGCUAGAUAGACGUAAUCUUUUGUUUACCAAUAACGACAGGUUCUUGGAGGCAGCCGGGGCUUACAAACAAUGGCCAGACGCGCGUGGGAUUUAUUGCAACGAAAACAAGACCUUCGUGGCCUGGGUCAACGAGUCGGAUCACCUCCGGCUAAUCUCCCAGGCGCCCGGUGGUGACCUCAAGAAGGCCUAUCUUAAGCUGGUCAAUGGCGUGAAACAGUUAGAGAACAACGGGCUCAGAUUUGUCUGGAAGGAAAACUUAGGUGAUACAUCACAGAGGCUGAGAAAUGAAAUUCUGAUGUGGCUCAUAGUGCCCCAGGCUUCCUUGGACCCUUGGCCAAAAGCACAUAGCGAGUAUCUAAUCAAUAAGUAUGACAGUUAA